UUGAUCCUCUAGGUCUAUUAAGCCCAUGUACUAUCAUAGGUAAAAUCAUUAUGCAAAACCUAUGGUGCAAUAAAUUAUCCUGGGAUGACAAUCUACCUGAAGAACUCUAUUCUAAAUGGAUCAGCUUGCAAAACGACCUUCCUCUAUUGAACAAUUUGUCAAUAUCACGGCAUGCUAUAUUAUGCAAUCCAGCAGAAUUGCAGUUGCACGGCUUCUGUGAUGCAUCAGAACGUGCAUAUGGUGCCUGUGUAUACAUUAGGAGUUCCGAUAAAAAUGGCAAGGUACAAGUAAGUUUGUUGUGUGCAAAAUCCAAGGUUGCACCUGUAAAAACAGUCAGUAUUCCUCGUCUAGAACUUUGCGGUGCCUUGCUAUUGGCUCGCCUAGUUGAUAUCAGACUUCCAUAAAUCUAAAAUUUAAUCAAUAUUUCCUUUGGUCCGAUUCAACUAUAACGCUGGCUUGGGUAAGAACCAGUCCAAAUUUACUAAAAACUUUCACAGGUAACCGUGUGUGUCGGAAAUACAAUCACUAACAAAAAAUUACCAGUGGAAGUAUAUUUCAACCAAGGAAAAUCCAGCAGAUUUAAUAUCAAGAGGCAUGUUUCCCAGUCAAAUAUUAAAUUCUGAAACAUGGUGGCAUGGUCCAUCUUGGAUAAUUCUAGAUUCACAAUUUUGGCCCAAUGAACAAUUCAAAGUAGACCACCUACCAGAGCUAAAAACUCAAACUCUAUUAGCUCAAAAUGCACCAGAUAUUUUGAGCUUUCCGUUUGAUCGAUUCUCUAAUUUCUCUAAGAUGUGUAGAGUCACGAGUUACAUCUUCAGAUUUGUAAAUAAUUGUGCUAACAGAAAUAAUCGCAAAACCGGCGUUUUGACAUUGUCGGAGCUAAAGUAUUCCCUAAAUGCAUUAAUCAAAGUUAGUCAAAAUCAAUCAUUCUGUAACGAAAUUAAAGAUUUAUCAAACAACAAGUACCUGGCAUCAAAGAAUAGGUUAUGUGGUCUCACUCCAUUUCUAGACCGUCAGAAUAUUUUGCGCGUUGGCGGUAGACUCAAGUAUUCUGACUACAAUUUCAAUAAAAAACACCCCAUUCUAAUUAAUGGGAAUCAUCAUUUCACAAAACUAUUGUUUCAAGAACAACAUCUUAUAUUACUACACGGUGGUGCUCAGUUACUUCUCAAUACUAUAAGAGAUAUUUACUGGCCCACAUCCGGUCGCAACUUAGCUCGUGCUACUGUCAGAAAGUGUGUAAGAUGCUUUAGAUUUAAUGCAAAAACCAUUCAGCCUAUCAUGGGAAAUCUUCCUAGUGCUAGAGUAAUGCCUUCUAGUCCAUUUACAAUAACGGGUGUUGAUUAUGCAGGUCCAUUUCUCAUAAAAGACAAAAAAGGUCGUGGAUGCAAAACCACUAAAUGUUACAUAGGUCUUUUCAUUUGCUUUAGCACCAAGGCCGUACACCUAGAAUUGAUUUCAAGUCUCUCAUCUGAAGCAUUUUUACAAGCCUUACGAAGGUUCGUGUCCCGCAGAGGAAAACCCGAAAAAAUAUUCUCAGAUAAUGGAAGCAAUUUUAUAGGUGCUCAACGAGAAUUAGCAUCUCUUUUAAAUGCACAUGAAUUAAGAGAUAAAUUAUGGUCACUAACAAAUUCCCUAGAAAUUGAAUGGCAAUUUAUACCGCCCUAUUCACCUCAUUUUGGUGGGCUCUGGGAAGCCGGAGUAAAAUCAUCUAAAUUACAUCUAAAACGAGUUUUGUCAAAAACUGCGCUUAUUUAUGAAGAGUUUCAAACUUUAAUAAUUCAAAUAGAGGCAAUUUUAAACUCACGCCCUCUUUCUCCUAUUAGUCCAGAUCCUAAUGACAUCAGUCCUUUAACACCUGCUCACUUUCUUAUUGGAAAACCAAUCAUAGCAGUUCCAGACCAAGAUCUAACCGAUAUAAAGGUCACCAGACUAAAUCGAUACCAGCUUCUCCAGCAGAUGUGCCAAAGCUUUUGGGCAAGAUGGAAAACCGAGUACAUCUCCCAGCUACAAGUCAAGGGACGCUGGAAGAAAAAUCAAGAGUCUCUCACAGAUGGAGCCUUGGUCCUUAUAAAGGACGACAACAUCAAUCCAACCCAUUGGCAGCUAGGCCGAAUAUUCAGUGUACAUCCUGGAAGGGACAACAUCAAUCGAGUAGCUACAAUCAAGACUUCUACUGGCAUCAUUAAACGUGGGUUCAACAAAAUAUGUCCACUACCUCUAGAUGAUUGAAAGGAGCCUUUCAAGGUGGGGAGGAUGUUCGAGCCAUUGUGCAACGCCGCCCCUGAUGUGUGCGCCUUUUAAUGUAUGUUCCUUGCCCCUCUGCCAUCCCAACGAAGGAAGAAGGAACGCAGUCAACAGUUCAUCUAAAGACUUUGAGUGUAGCAUACAUGAUUUUGUAUAAUAUUUUUAUUUCAAUACAUUCGUCAAAUCAAAGUGCAACAAUCUCUUCAUUCAUCUCAACAAUCAACAACGUUUUCACUAUUAUAAUUGCUUAUGGUCCUAAUGAAAAUGAUAGUAAGAAAAAUAAAGAUGAGUUUUGGGGUAAACUGCAAGAAUUAUAUGAAAACAGUGCUAGUCCAAUCCUAAUAGUAGGUGAUUUAAAUGCAAGGGUUGGUAAGGAAGCACAAAAAAGCAAUGGCGUCAUAGGUAAAUUUGGAGAGACUACAAAAAAUAUUAACGGUGAUAUACUAAUGGAUUUUUGCAGAUUAAACUGUCUAGUUGUAAUGAAUACUUUCUUUCAGCAUAAAGAUAUACACAAAUAUACCCGAGUAGUUCCAAGCCGGAAUGAAAAAUAUAUUAUCGAUUACAUCAUAAUAGAGAAAAUUCACAAAAAUAAAAUCCAAGA